UCACAUAGAGUGUUCGCAUAGCAAACAAACUUGUUUAUUUUUGUUUCCAUAUUAAAACCCGGGUUUUGUUUUUUAACUCGUUCAUAGUACAUGUAAGUGCAGGGGGACGCAUCGCACAUAAACAAUAAAACAAGACAAACCCAUGGACACAAAAUACACAGACACCUCAUAAAAAUGAAAUGAAAUGGGGUUUAACGUCCUACUACACCUCAAACAACAAAACGUAUAUAUCAUAUGUCAACACUUCAGUCGGCCUUCUUUCCGUCGACUUAAACAUCGAGUGAUGUUGAUUUCAUUAUUUGUAUCUGUCUCAAGCUACAUGUACACCUGCUCAGCUACAUAAACAAAAUUUAAAUAACAUGGUCGUGUGCUUUAUCCCCAACCCCACCCAUCAAAAAAUGGAUACAUUGGGACGUCGAACCCUCACUCACUUUCACUGCACGCCCAAAUUACUAAAGUCCUCCACAUAUUACUACAUUAAAAGAAAAUGAUUAGCAGGGUCCUUAUAAAAGCUUAUCGAUAAAACACUGUUAAUUAAACAAGUAAUUAAGAUUAUAAUAUAAUAAAUUACCAAUAGAUGAUGGAUUGAACUGCAUAGAAAGAUGUCAUAUUUCAAAUUUACUUCCUGGUACGAACUGAAUUUUAUGGUAUAAUUAAAUGAUAACAAAUUGAGGUACAUCGCCGUAGGCUCAGUCUAAUUAAUUGUGAACGACUACUAAUGAGUAUGUAGAAAAAUGUGUUUACCCAGUACGACGUGAGCUUUAUAAGUCUAUAUAUUGUAAACUUAUGUUCGUAUAAAUUCUGCAAUGUUCUAGAAAUACACAAGAUAAUAUUGGCUUCCUCUAAAUGAAGUUGCUGGGAAUUGCCCCAAUGGAUUUAUUUUUGUAUUUUGUUUAAGUGCCACGAGAAUGAUGUGAUAAUCUGGAAAUCUGUAUUUGUGAUGUCAGAACUUUCUAAUUCAAAUUGGAAAUUUGUGUUUUAUUACCUGGUGUAAUUACUUGAUCUCUAAAGCAGGAAAAAAAUACUAGCUGUGUAUAAUUCAGCAAAACAUUAUAAUCCGAAAUGAGCACAAAGUUAUUAUUCCGAAAACGUUUUAUUGUUACAACUCUGUCGCUUAUGGGGUUCCUCUUCUGGGUUUAUAUAUUGCAUCCCCUAAAAUGGAAUCCGGCACAACAUAGAGAUGUCAACAAACUGUACAAAAAUUUUAAAUAUCAUUCACAACCAGGUUCACGGCUCAUGAAAGUACACAAAUAUCUUAAUAACGAAUGGAUAAUCGAUGGGAAUAUCUGUAGAAAUACCGCGGAAGUGUUUAUUACAGGAAUAUUGUUAAAUGGGCCACAAGGAACGCUUCCGAUAUACGUCCAUUCUCCUCUGGCAGAUCAAUUCGUUUCUGGUGGUAUUAUUCGUGAAGGCGCCUGGGAAAGUGAUUAUGUCAGUCUGAUCCAUGCAUAUCUUUUAAAUGACACAUCCUUGGAUUUUGUGGAUAUCGGAGCCAAUAUUGGCGUGUAUACUCUAACAAUGUCCAAGUUAGGACGACAGGUUAUUGCCAUUGAACCCUUUAAACCCAAUAUACAAAGGCUGUGUCGAACGCUGGAAGAUAACCGUGUUGACAAUCACGUAACUUUAGUAACCAAUCCUUUGUCUGAUAAUAGAACGACCGUUGUCAUGCAUGAACAAUUUGGAAAUAUUGGCGGAACACAUGCGCAAAAAACUGAUGGCAACGUCCCAGGCACGUUAAAUACGAUCACGUUGGAUGACGUUUACAAUUUAAAGCCACUGAAACGCGUGGUCAUUAAAAUGGAUGUCGAAUCUUACGAAAAUAAAGUCCUUCAAGGAGGAAAGGAGUUUUUUGAUAAAGUGGAUGUUCGAAUAAUUUUAAUGGAGUGGGUGCAACACAAACAAAGCAAAGAUGCUAGAGCAAUUAUAAGUUUUCUAACAGAACGUAAUUUGUAUCCCUACACGGUCGAACAGGUUCCAUUACCGCUGGAACUACAUUAUUUUGCUGGCUGGCCCAAUGAUGUUCUGUGGAUUAAUAAGAAUCCACUGAUGACUUGGGACAAGAAGCUCAAUGAGUAAAGCGCUGGUUCACUAAUCAGCAUGUCCCAGAUUCGACGCCGGUGUUGGCCGUGAAGGUACCUCAGGUUUUUCUAGCGUGGCUUUUCAUCAUCAAUAAAAUUCAAGCUGGACGGUUCGACAAAAACAAUUUAAAGUAGCCUAAUUUAGACAUUUCGGGUUUUGAGAAAACAAAAUUUUGAACUGUGCAAAAAAAAGGAAGGAUGAAAGGUAUUUUAUUCAACACACCGUGAAACGCCUGCCUUUUCUUUUCUUCUAUCAUAUAUGACUGACCAUUAAUCUUUACAAUAAAUAUCCCCUUAGUAUAUCUUUCUCAUAAAUAAAUAUAACACUUGCUUAUUGCUGGAAAUCAUAUUACCAGAUGCAGAAUAAUUUCAGGAAUCAGCUUUGAAUUUAACACAGGAUCAGUAAGUUUACAGUUCACCAAUCAGAAGUCCGUAAAUGACCUCGAUAUUCUACCAGGGCCGGAUUAAAGGGGGACAGGGUGGCAACCGGGAGCCCCAAAUCAAUGGAGCGCUCAAGCUAGUUAUUGGUUAGCAUUAUAAUUAGAGACCACAGUGGAAAUUGGGCCGUUUACAGAUUUGUGUUUUAUCUGUGCACUUUUAGAUAAAGCAUAAAUUUUGAUAUAUUUUAUAAUUUUAUAGUUUAUUGUAUCUGUUUGU